CGAAGGUGUGAGUCAUAAGUUGACCGCUGACAAAGUUUUAGUUUUAUUUCAACUAACCACUUGCAAACACCAUACUUGUUAUCAAUUCGUUGUAUUACACUUUAUGUUCGUGCCAACGCUCUUUUUACAUACACCUGCGGACGCCAUAGUUAAUUAUUCAUUUCGUGUUACGUCUUUUAUUAAUAUUUAUUGCACUGCAUUUUUUUAAAUAAUUUAUUAACUGGUCAUCAUCAUUUUCUUAAUCAUCGAUUGAUCAAAUAUAAUUAUUGGAAGUAAAGUAUUGGAGCAAUUUAUUUAUUUUCAACGUGAAAGAAACAUCGUUUUCUGGGAAUAAUGGCGCCAGCAAAGGCAAAAGCCAAGGCUCAGGCAAAGACAGCUAAACCGAGCACCAAAAAGGCAACAACCAUCAGUAAAAAAAGUACACCGGCUAAUAAGAAAAAAGUUAAAGACGAAAAAGGAUGUUGCUGUGGAGCAGCUGCCGAGGAUUUAAGCUCUACAGAUUUCACCAGCAGCAAUGAUUCAUACACGGAGUCUUCAGAUAUCACAACAGACUCCACGGAAUCACCGUCUAAAUCCGACACUUCCACCAAAUCUUCUGGCAGCUACUCUGAUUCGAGCGACGGUUCCUCAGAAUCCUCUGACACCGAGGAUGACGAUGAUGACUGUGAUACCGAGUCCGAUGAUUCAGAAUUGUUAAAAUGUAACAAAUGUUCGAUCCGCAAGCGCGGUGGAAAAAAAAUCGCCGCAGCACGUGCUGCAGCCAUCGCUGCCAAGGGUCAGCGCCAUAAGAAAAAGUCACAUCGCAAAGAAUACGAAAAAAGCAAUUUAUCAGAAGACUACCCUGAUCUUUCUUCAAGAAAAAAUCGACGUAAAUGUUGCUGCUGAUUAGGUUGUUAAUUCAUUUGCAUUCUGCACAUGAUUAUAAAAUAAUUAUUUUUGUCAAUGGCAGGCCAUUGAUUAAUUUUCAAAUUUUUUGAUCAUAUUCAAAUUAGUAAAUUUAAAUUUUUAUAGAGGAUACAGUAAUUGUAUUUGAGACAUUAAAUUAAUAUCAAACUUG